UAAAGUUUGCAUACCCUUUGAUCUCAAUUCAUUCAUUAUACAGACCCAAGUAAGCAAUGGGUUUCUCUCACGACAGCAACAAACGACGAGCAUGUUUCGACGGCGGCGGCGGAGGCCAUGAAGUAGGCUGCAGAGGUUUUAGGCUGAACCUCCGGCGGUUUUGCGUCCACCGGAUCCGUACGAGGUUCCUGAACCUGGUCGGAAAGUGGAAAACCUCGUACCUCCACGCGCUGAGGUCGUUGAAGAGACACGUGAUGACGGUCAACGGGAAGACCAAGAACCGCCGUCACGGUAAGAGCGGCACUAUGGAGGCGGCGGCGAUGAAGUAUGCUCUGUACCACCGGAGCGGUAGCAUCAGCUGCAGCGGCGACCACCGUCCUAUGUUGAAGUCCUACGGGCGGUCAAACUCGUUUUACUCCGACGCCAUCGCCGAUUGCUUGGAUUUCAUUAAGAGGAAUUCUGUUUCGGUGGAAGAGGAGGAGGAGAAGCCGGUAUUCGUUGGUUUUAGAGAACCUCAGGAAAGUCAAUAUCACAUGUAAAAGCGGGAUUAUGAGGCUUAAUUAAUUGUUUGAUUAAUUAAUUAAUCAAGCCCAGAACAAGUUUUGUACAUGUAUAUACUCCGUAUAUAGAUAUAUAGUUUAUGUAUAAUUAUACUUCGUAUGUAAUUUUACUGUUCGAUAUUUCGAUCAUAUGGUUUAUUGAUUAUUUUUUCUCAUUUCG